GAGGACAGCAAAAAAAAUAGUACAUAUGAAUAUAAAAGAAACAGAAAUAAGACAAUUCAAUACGAUACGCUUGGAGGUUUAAAUAUUUAAACAGUGAAGUGUUAAUAUAAGUAAUCGCUCUGAAGAAAUAGUAUCAAAUUAUAUACUAGUCAUUAGAAAGUUGAUACUAAACAACGAAUCUUGUGUCUCGUAUCGUAAAGUGUCUUAUCUCGUUUAAUCUCGAGUAAUUUCGAGUGUCGAUUAUAUGUACCAUUAAAUAAACUAGUAUCAGUUGACCGGUAAAUCGAAUUACAGUGAUAAACAUUUCAUUUAUUGUUAAUUGAAUUUCAACAAUAGGAUUUGAAAAUCCUAUUUUUGGAGUAAAUAAAGAUGUCACAGCAUUUUAUGACCGUAUGUGUUGUGUGUGUAUUAUGUGCAUCACACAUACCCUGUUCAGCACAUACAACAAUAUCAUCAGUAUUAAAAGCAUCAUUAGUGACUGAAAAAAAAGAUUUUGUUUCUAAUACUCUUUCUACGGAACAAUUGAAUCCACUUGAUAAGAUUAAUUAUAAUUACAAUGAUAAUAUUAACUAUGAAAAUAAGAAAAAAAACAGAAAGAAAAAAACUCAUAAUGACAAAUUAAAACAAUAUGAUGACAAUGAUUAUCAAGUACAUCACGAUAAUAAUUACAAUUUACUGGAAAAUAAAGAAGUUAUGGAAAGACUUGGCCAAACACCAUCGCAAACAAAUGAAAAUUUAUUUGUAAGCAAGAAUAAUGUCAAUAGCUAUAAAAAGAAAAAUCAAAGAGAUAAGAGGCACGUUGAAACUGAAGAAAAAUAUUUCUUGAAAAAAAUAUUUGACACUUAUGGUGAUGGCAAUAGUUUAACUAUGGAUGGUUUUGAAGUUAUGUUGAAACAACUGGGACUUUUUAAAUUAAUUGUAAAACAUGGACUAAAUGACAAUAAUAAUUCAGUCUAUAACGAAACAUCUGCUGAUUCUCCUAAAAGUCAAUCUAAUUCGUCAAUACCUAAAAACAGUAACAAUAAUAGUGAAAAUUAUAUGAAUAGUAAGGAUGAGUGUGCCAGCAAAAAUCAAAUUUUGGCAAGUAUUUCAUCUGAUAUCGAUCUAUCAACUUCAACGAAAAAUGAUACAAUAUUACCUGGAUGGUUAUUUGAACGAUUAUGUCCUGUUUUACUAUAUCAUUUAGCUAGUAAUUCAAGAUCAGAAAAAGAAGGUUGCAUUUCAUUACCUAAUAACUAUCACGAAAUGCAUAGUCAUGAAUAUUUUGAAGAAGAAUCACGGGAUAUGGUCCAAGUGUGGGUUUAUUCAACGAUAAGUAUUGUAGUAAUCAGUUUAUGUGGAUUACUUGGAGUUGCCGUUAUUCCCGUAAUGGGUAAAAGUUAUUAUCAUCAAUUAAUACAAUUUCUUGUUGCCCUUGCUAUUGGUACUUUGUGUGGAGAUGCACUUAUACAUUUAUUACCUCAUGCAAUGAUGGCACCUCACAGUCAUGAUGAAGGUAAUACAGUACAUGUUGAAAUCAAUAGCGAAGAAUCACAUAAUUCAAAUAUGUGGAAAGGUUUAGUUGCCAUGAUGGGAUUGAUAAUGUUCUUUUUUAUGGAAAAGGCUUUGUCAAUGAUUUCCGAAUGGCGAAAAUAUCGUCAAAGAAAAAAUAAGUUACCAACACGAGUACGUGUCAUGAGAGAACCAGAAGGUGUAACAACUAGUCCAGUUGGUGAGAAAUUAUGUAAACAUAAAUAUUCAUCAUAUCCAUAUUGUUAUGGUGAAAUAACUACUGAAACUCGUGAUAAUCAUCAUGAACAUCAUGAACACUAUGACAAAGAGCGGUUACCGUCAAUUGAAGAAGCUAAGCCAUUAACAUCUGAUCCUACCAAUCAAUUACCCAAAAUAAUAACGGAUGACUUAGAUAAAAACAAUCACGAUAACUGGGAUAUUGAUGAUCAUAAAGUUAAUAAUACCCACAAAAAUAUUGAUAAAGACAAUUUAGAUAAUCCACAAGUCAAUGAACGUGAAAGUUAUACUGUUAUUAUUCGUGAACAUGAAAAUAAACAUCAUGGGCAUACACAUUCACAUGGACACGUUCAUGCGGCGCCUGAUUCAAUGUCAAGUGUAGCAUGGAUGGUAAUAAUGGGUGAUGGUUUACAUAAUUUUACCGAUGGUAUGGCAAUAGGAGCGGCAUUUUCGGCAAAUAUUGCUGGUGGUUUUUCUACCGCAAUAGCUGUUUUUUGUCAUGAAUUACCUCAUGAAUUGGGUGAUUUCGCAGUGCUUUUAAAAGCAGGAAUGAGUGCUAAGCAAGCAGUAUUUUAUAAUUUGUUGUCAUCAGUGCUAUGUUUAUUUGGCAUGAUUUUUGGAGUAUUAUUGGGUGCUAUGCCAUCAACUACCAGUUGGAUUUUUGCAGCUGCCGCGGGAAUGUUCAUUUAUAUUGCGCUCGUUGACAUGAUACCAGAAUUAUCUUCUGGACAUUCAGAAGAAGGCGGUUCACAUUGGCAGUGUUUAUUGCAAGCACUUGGUCUAAUUACUGGUUUGGGAAUUAUGUUAAUAAUUGCUCUUUACGAAAAUGACCUUAAAAAUAUUUUUAGUGAUUAGUUUAUUUAACCAUAAUUAAUAUAAAUAAAAUAAAAUAGGACAAUUUUUUGAAACGACUAAACAGAGUAAAUAAAGCAGGAAAAUUCGAAUGACAGAAAAACGAUGUCUCCAAGUUACAUGACUGAAACAUUUAUAAAUACUUAUUUAAUGUAUUUAAAAUAUUUACAAUAUUAUUUUGUAAGUAUUCUAUAGUUUUGUAGGACAACUUAAAACUUGUUUCAUCACGAUUUUACUAAUAUAAUAUGCAAAACACAAUUGUAAAUUAAUCUAAA